AGUAACAUGUUCAAAACAGUCCUUAGACAUCUAAAGAACACGACAAUGGGCUGACAGGAGAAUCUAAACUGAAAAAAAAAAAAUGGAAAAGUAUUCUGCACUGUGCCUUUUACUGUGUGUUAUCGCUGGCUGUAUUGCUGACGAUCUCACUUACUUGAACGAGUUCUACUCUAAAACGCCUCAGAGGUUGUCCAAAUACAGCUGGUUCGGGAACGUUCGGCUCCAUCACUUCAGGGUGUCGGAAGAUGCGGUGCUCGUGCGGUGGCUGCUCACGGUCUCACGGGGAUCCGGGCUGAGCUGUGGCAACCAAAACAUCACUGUGCACUUUAGAGCAGGAGCUCCCCCGGUCAUCAACCCCAUACAAACAGCCUUUCCGAACGCCACAUCAGUCUCUCUUGCUCACAACUUGACUCUGACCGUUCCCAGUGGACAGAGCGUCAGUGUGACACUGUUCAAUGUGACGCACCCCAAACCUGGUGACUGGUUCCUUGCUGCUCACCUGCCUAAAGAUGACGGCAAGAUAGAGCAACAGGGUCUGCCAUCUUGCUCAUACUUAUUCCAGGCACAGAUGUUUUUGAGAAGAGCUGCUGACCUGCCCAUCCUGCAAUACAACAUUCCUCUCUAUCAAACACUAACUUCAGCUCCAGCUCUGUUUAAGGUCUUUGUUCCAGAGUUCUCCUCCAGGUUGGAUGUUUUCAUCUUGAACUGUUCUGUAAUGCUGGGAAAUGAUUGCGGGCUGUCAAUCACCGUAGGCUCCAGCACUUUGAAGCAGGGCUCAGAAGUGAAACAGAACUGUUCAGGGUUAGAGAGCUGCUUCGCAUCGGUCCUCAUUCCCCCGUGGAACACCUGGUUGCUGGUUAUGGUUGAGUCUAGUCAACCAAACACGACAAUAGAUUUCAACAUCUCUGCCAAUGUCACAGUGGGAUGUAAACCUUUGAGCGUCUCUUCAGAUUUCAACACCUCAGCCUUUAUACGUACCAUCAUUGCUCCACAAAGCAACAGCUCAGGUGCCCUCAGUAACACUUCCGUUUCCACGAGAGACCAACCGGGCGUCCUUGCUAACACCUCUGAGCCAGUGUGCAUGAGAAGCCCUUCAGUGUUCAGAGACGAACAGGAUGUGCUAUCACUACGCUUCACCGUUUCCAACAGCAACCUCAGCGUGACCUCUGACCUUCCAACUGUGCUCACACUUGAGCACUCUUCUAGUGAUAGUGGCGGCACAUUUGUUGUACAGCUCAACUUGAACACUAGUUCUCUGGUUGGUGGAUUUGCUCGUGUCAAAGCAUGUCUCACACCUUUUGCUCCCGUACUUCAUGUAAACCGCAGCCAGACUUGUGCCACAGGGUUUGCACAGGGCUAUUCUCUGAGCGUGAGCAGCAAUGAAUCGAACGCACUGUUGAGGAUCCCAUUCCCAGAUGCAGCAGUGUGGUACCUCAGCCUCCAGACCGUGUGCAAUGACAGUGUUGACUGCAGUAACGCAUCAGCUAUAGUGAGUGUGUCUGUGAGUGUGAGCGCGUGCAUUGACGACUGUGGGCCGUACGGAGAGUGCAGACUGCUACGCACGAACAGCUACCUCUAUGGCGCAUGUGUGUGCAAAGCAGGUUGGCAGGGAUGGGGCUGUACGGAUGGAGUGACUGCGCAGUCGUUCUCUCGACAGAUGGCAGCAGCUCUGCUCCUCACCUUUAGUAACCUUUUCUUCAUCCCGCCCAUCAUCGUGGCGCUUUACAGAGGAUACCUCAUCGAGGCCGCCAUCUACUUCUUUACCAUGUUUUUCUCCACGUUUUAUCAUGCGUGUGAUCAGCCCGGUGUGACUGUGAUGUGUAUCAUGGACUACGACACCCUCCAGUUCUGUGAUUUCUUGGGAUCCGUCGUGUCAGUGUGGGUGACCAUUGUGUGCAUGGCACGGCUUCAGGAGCCAAUAAAAUAUCUAUUGUUUAUGGCGGGCACUCUUGUCAUUUCCAUGGCGAUGCAGUUGGACCGCAGGGGGUUGUGGAACCUUCUAGGCCCUGUCCUCGUUGCUUUGGUCAUUAUGGUCACUUCCUGGGUUUAUCGAGGUGUGAAACGUCGUCAUUGUUACCCUCCAUUAUGGCGUCGCUGGGUGUUGUUCCUGCUCCCAGGCAUUGUAUCUGCACUGAUUGGAGUGUGUGUGUACGUCUUCGCACAGACAGAUAGCAACUACUACUACACUCAUUCCAUAUGGCAUGUCAUGGUGGCCACAAGCGUGGUCUUCCUCUUACCACCCCGUGAAAAACACGUUCCCCCCUGGGGCUGGACAAACAAAAUCUGUAGCUACAGGAGAUGUAAAAAUGAGAAAGUAGAGCUUUACACUGAUACCUAAAUACACUGGUAUUGAUAUCUGCACAAACCCUAAUGGAUUUUCAUGUGCAAUUUUUACAGUUUUACAAAUUUUAGCGGUUAGCUUUCUGAAACACGUCAAGCUUUAAUGAAAUAUUCUCUUCUUAAGUCACCAAAACCACUGAAAUGCAGGUGUAGUGUAUGUUUAUAACUACUUAAAGGGAUAGUUUACCCAAAAAAUGUAUUCUAA